GACCAGUGAUGGCACUGCCCAGGACAACCCAGUGGGAGCAGUGCCGAUCCUCAGUUUCCAGCCACCUAUGCCAGCAUCUGCCACAGCCAAAGAAGAGCCUCACCCUUUGAUGGAUACAGACCUGCGAGGGGUGGCGCCACUGCCCAUAUCCUGCUCUCCUCGAGCCGCCCGCACUGGACCCAUUAAGACGGGAGGCCUGGUUCAAGUCCUGGACCACGGCCGGUGGACCGCCCCCAUGAGAGCAGCCAUCGAUGGGCUUUUGGCUAAACACCAUGGAGCCAAAGCUCUUCUGAAGAGGGUGGAUGCGGAAUAUGCUGCCAUGGUGCAGAGGGCGUGCACGGAUCCCAACAGCCUCCUUCAUCCUACCACAGGCCAGCAUAUCUCCAGAUAUGUCAAGCAUCUGGCCAAGCUGAAAAACACCAGCUCCUCUCUCAACACCAGCCCAGAGAAGGUUUUGGAGACCCAGCAGCUGUGGCAGAGUUUGACCACAGGCAGCAAAACAGUCUGUGUACCCGUCACAGCCCUGCCUCCUGCGACCGUCAACCCUCCAGCUGUGGCUCCCCCCCCGGAGGAGUCACUGAGCCGGGCCACAGUGGAGAAGAUCGUGUCAGAGAUCCUCCAGAAACAACAGCAGCAACAACCAAGGCAGGAGAGAAAGGUGCCCAGAAACUGUUUGUCCUGUGGUCAGCCAAAGUCCAGGUACCUUGGCGAUGGAUCCACUGUUCACUUUUUCUUUCAGUCCCCUGAGGUGAAGUACUUUUACUGCUCCACACGGGUCUUUAAAAUGUAUAGAGAGGAAGGCCUCAAAGACCCCAGGAUGUAUUUUGUGGACUUUGCUGCCUCCCCCUUUUUUGCCAGGGAGCUUGAGGCUGUAAAAGAGAGGAGUGCAGCGUGGAAGAAGGUGGCAGAGGAGAGGACAAAGCGAAAGUCUGCAGUGCAGCUUCCAACAGGUCGCCUGUGCAGAUUCUGUCACCAACCACUAAAGCAGGGUCCUGGCAGCCCUCAUGUCCAUGCCUGUUUCCCUGACAUCCCAGGGAAAUACAUAUACUGCCCCUCCAGAGUGUUGUCCCUUUACAAGGACAAGGGCAUGGUCAAGGAGAUGACCUGGAUGGAGUUCCAGCAGUCAGACUUUUUUGAGGCAGAAAAGGUCCGAUGGGUUUCAGAGAAGAGGAGUUGAGGAGGACUAAUAGUCCUCUUUUCUGAAAUGAAAUGAUGAGAACUUGACUAAUCAUUUCAUAAUAUCAUAUAUGUUUACACUUUCUAUUAUAUAUAUUCUGUACAUUUGUAUUGUUCCUUUGCUUAUAUAUUAUCUCAGUUUGGA